CAUUAUAGACAAACCCUUAAUGUUAAAUGCUUUCAUAGUGAUGAGUAUUUAUUUCUAGAGUCAGAAACCUCUUCAAGAUCUUUAGUUCUUUUCUUUUUUCUUCUUCUUUUGUAAGGAAAUCACCCAAGAAAACCUAAUCUUUUUAUCAUGGAUAUCAACGCUUCUAAGUUCAUAAACCAAACUUCAAGCCUUGAAAUGUCCAUGGAAACCCAAAUCUUCCAAGACCAAAUUCCUUUCACUUCAUUUUUUCCUGCAGGUUUCUCCCUCCAAACACACCAAAUACUUUCUUCUUCUUCUUCUUCUACUUCAAUCCCCAUCUCAGCCCUUCUUGGUGACCACAUAAGCAUAGGAAAUGAUCACAUGGAGGAGGAGGAAGAACCAGAGGAAGAGCUAGGAGCCAUGAAAGAAAUGAUGUACAAAAUCGCAGCUAUGCAGCCUGUGGACAUAGAUCCAGCAACAAUUCGCAAGCCUAAAAGACGAAAUGUAAGGAUAAGCGACGACCCCCAGAGCGUAGCAGCACGUCAUAGAAGAGAGAGAAUAAGCGAAAAGAUCAGAAUUCUGCAAAGGCUUGUUCCUGGAGGAACAAAAAUGGACACUGCCUCCAUGUUAGACGAAGCUAUUCUUUAUGUCAAGUUCUUGAAGAGACAGAUUCGUUUACUCCAAUCUAAUCAAAACCCACCAAGCAUUGGAGGAUGGAGACCUCUUGCUUCGACCACAUCGUCACCCCUGGAGUCUCCAGCAGCAGCAGCAGGCCCUGGAAACGCUCUUCUCAGUAAUGGUGGUGAGCCUGGAGCUAUGUGCUUCAAUCAUGAGGUACUCAGUGAUUAGAGGGUAAUUAUUAAGCGUUAAUCAUUGUUGAAAUUGUGUAAAUGAUUUAAGGAGGGUGUCAUGUGUGAGAAAAAAAAAAAAAAAAAAAGCUGUUAGGAUAUUGUUGACUAUAAUGGUCUGUGGAAUAAUCAUAACGGUUGGCUCCAGUUACGUACAACCCAUAUACAUAUAUUAUAUAAUAAGGCCCAUGGAUUGUGAGUGUUGGCCGGAAAGUUUGUUUGGCCGACUCUCUUCCGGGAA